AUGCAAAUAAACUCAUUUAAAUUGAAAGCAUUAGAGUAUCUUAAAAAUACAGCAAUCUAAGUAGCAUAAAAUGACUUGGAAUAAGGAGUUUUCAUCGAGCUUCUGACUGAAAUUGAUAAUCAAGUUGUUAGCUAAAUAGUGAAAGGAUAAAUAAGAAUGAAUGAUGAAACUAAAUUAGACAAGGAAAAGAUCCAAUAACUUAAAGAGCAGGUUAAGAUUAUUUAGGCCUAUUCAACUACUGAUUUGAAAGAAAAACAGCAAGAAGGCUUGGAAUAAGUGAAAAAUUUAAGGAUUUAGAGAGAGAAGAGAAUAAGGAAACUAGAAGAUAUAAGAGUAAAAGAAAUAGAGAGUAUGAAGAAGAUGAAGGAAGAAAACGAAGCUGUAGAAUAAUAAAAUAAGGAAGUAAAACUUUAAUUGAAGAUGAAGGCAAUAAUUGAGAAGCAAAAGGAGAGGCAGCUAAGAGAACUUCAAAGGUAAAAAUUUAGAAUGGAGAGCAAAAGUAAGUCACCAUUGUAAAAAACUCCUGAAGAUACUUAUCUCUAUAAGAAAAUAGAAAACAGAUAUAGAAAUACCUUAAUUUUAUCUCAACAGUAAUAAUAUGAUAAAAUACUUGAGGAUAGAAGAAAGAUGAUUAGAGAUGUUUCUCUGUCGAUUAAAGAUCUCAAAAAACACAAUGAUGAAUAUGUGAAAAGACUUCAUGAUGCAUCUGAAAAGAAAAAAUAGCAAAGACUUGAGUAGGAGGAAUCUCUUGAUAUGAAAGGUAUUAAAAACUCAUUAAGUGAGAGCAGAAGUGCUACAAACUAAUUAUACAAAACUAAAUUCCAUGAUUAGCUUUUAGAGGAAUAGUUAAGAUUUAAAUAAGAGCAAGAAAAAUUGGUAAAGAGAAGAUAAGAUGUACUAAAUCAAAGAAUAAUAUAUGAUAAGAUGGUUAAAGAAAUUUAUAAGCCAAAGGUCAGCUAGGAUCUUAGCUUAGAAAUAGUGAGGAAUAAGCAGAGGUAUUGUAGAGGCAGGCUGAAUAUCACUGAAAUCAAAAUGGAAUAAAAUGAAAGUCCUAAACCCUAUAAGAACUAUUUAAGGGAACUUAAAGAUAUAAGAAGAUCUAAAGAAUCUAGAAAAAGUAUUUCAAAUGAAGAUAAAUCUCCAAACCAUUAUAGUAAAGAUAACUUCGAUCUCUAAACUCCCCUUAAAAAUAAAAGAGUUGAUUCAUCAAUCCUAAAUACUCCAAUGAAAACUUAACAAAAAAGUCUGCAUCUCAGAAGAAACCUAAACAUAGUUGGGUAAUCAAGCAGAGUUUAAGAGGAUGGCAAUCUUAAUAAAUCAAUAGAUUAUCUUUCUCAUUUGAGAAGAGAGCGAGAGGCCAAAGAAUCAGAGAGAACUAUGACUGCAAACACAAGUAAUAACUUUGCAUUCGAAAGCGAUCGCAAAUUUCAAAAGAUCAAAACUGCUCUUGUCAAGUCAAUCAAGAAUCGCGAUACUUUUAAUGAUGUUCUGUCUAGAAUGCAAUUAUUCGAGGAGUAGGUUAAAAGAAAGGAAAAACUUAUAAGUGUGUAAAAAAAUCAAAGAGGAGAUACUUACUUAAAUGAUGAUGAAUCAGUGAAUAUGAUGUAUUUACAAGCUAUUGAUGCCAAACUUGCAAUUUUAGAGAAUAUUUGA